UAUGAACAAUUCACACACCUUCCCAUCACUCUAGUGACAUUACUGACUCCAAGUCAUUCACAAACCCAGUGUAGCAGCCCCAGACCAUCGAGAUCUAACUGCCCCAGACCAAUUUGGUCACGUGACCACCCCAUCGCGAUGCCUCUUAACAAUUUUUCAUUUCUACUAUUACCUUCAACAAUGGCUGUCACUACCAAAGGGACCAAGCGUGCUGCUCCCCAAUCCAAGAAGGAUACCAAGAAGACCAAGGUCGUGGAGAAGAAGCUCCCAUCGCCUCCUUCCGAAUCCGAAGACUCUGAGUCCGAGGAUGAAUUGGAUCAAUCGGAAGAAAUCGAGGCUUCCUCUGAAGAUGAGUUAGACGAUCUUUCUGAAGAUGAAGACGAUGCCAUGGCCGAGGGCAAGGACAGCGAGAAUGACGACGAAGAUGCUGAAGAUGACGAAGCUGAAGACGCAGCUUCCAAGCCUGUUGACCCUAACAAGAAAACCUCUGCUGAACAGCAUGCUGAACAACGUAAGGUUUUGGCCGAAAGAAAGUUACAGAGAAAGUCAGGAAUCCAGGUCCAGCAGAUCAAGAACCUCUGGGAAAAACUCAGAGUCGCCAAGCCUGCUCCCCCAAAGGCUGUUCGUGAUAAGUUGUGUGACGAGAUCUGGGAGUUAUCCAAGGACGUUGUUUUGGACCUUGUGAUGAAGCACGAUGCUUCCAGAGUGGUCCAGACCUUGAUCAAGUACUCGUCCAAGACCAGAAGAGAGGCCAUCACCAAGGCUCUCAAGGGUAACUUUUACCUCUUGGCCACCUCUUCCUACGGUAAGUACUUGCUCAUCAAGCUCUUGCACUAUGGAUCCAAGGAAUCAAGACAAUUGAUCAUCGACGAACUCCACGGCAACUUGCGUAAGUUGAUGAGACACAAGGAAGGUGCCUAUGUCAUUGAAGAUUUGUUCGUGUUGUACUCCACUCAAGAACAAAAGUUACAGAUGAUCAGAGAAUUCUGGGGCUCCGAAUACGCCGUCUUCAAGGACUCUGGUAAGGGAAAGACCGUGUUGGAAAUUAUUGCCGAAUCAUCUGAAAAGAAGCAGCUUAUCAUGUCCAAUCUUUUCGGUACCAUCAAGGCUUCCGUCGAGAAGGGUUCCACCGGGUUCCAGAUUUUACACGCAGCCAUGAAGGAAUACACUGGUAUUUUGGCCAGCGACCUUGAAGUCCACGACAAGCAAAUCAGGGAAUUUAUUGAAGUUUUACAGGAGCAAUUCGCUGAAUUGGUACAUACACAAGAAGGUUCUGAUGUUGCAUGUACUUUGCUCAGUGUUGCCAACGCCAAGGAAAGAAAGUUGAUCAUCAGAGCAAUGAAAAACCACACCCAAGAGUUGGUAAAGAACGAGUACGGAAAUCUCGUUUUAAUCACGUUAUUUAUGACCGUCGAUGAUACCGUCUUGCUUACCAAGUCGUUCAGUAACGAAAUUUUCACCAAAGAAACCAUUGCAUCAUUGGCCAAGGACAAGUGGGCCAGAAGACCCAUGAUCUACUUGUUAAAGGGGUUGGACGGAAGAUUCUUCAAUCCUUUGGUCAAGGCAUCCUUGGCAAAGUACGAAGAAUUAGCAUACAAGAAAACCUCCAAGAAGGAACAAGAACAAAGAAGAUCCGAAUUGGCCGUGAAAGCCAUUCCUUUGAUCUACCAAAGUCUUCUCGCUACUACCGAAUCCGAAGACCCUGAACGUUCUUUCGAUGGUAUCUUGAACGUGAACAUUGCUACCCAAUUCUUGACUGAAUUAAUUUUGACCUCUACCGAUAUUGCUGAAGUCAACGACACCUUGAGACCAAAGCUUUUGGACGUUAUAUUCGAAAAGACCGUCAAGGGGGAUGUCUUGGAGGACUACCAUCUUAUAAAUAAGGUUCCUUUUAUUUCCAGGUCGUUGAAGUCUUUGAUCCAAGGCAACGAGUUCAAGUGGAACAACGAAACCAAGAAGUUGGUGGUUGUCAAGGGUGAAGAAAUCCCAGGGGUCGGUACUGACUUUGCGGUUAGAGUGUUGGACGAAAUCAUGAGCAACGAUCAGCUCACCUCGUGGGUUAGCGGACAAAGUGCAUUUGUCGUUGUCUCCAUCUAUGAAGUGUUGAAGUUGGGAAACCACAAGAAGAUCAAGGAAUUGACCAAGGCCUUGGGUAAGGAGAAGAAGACCUUGAAGGCUGACAAAGACAACAAGGGUGCCCAAUUGUUGUUAGAGCUCAUCAAUUAGUUCGUUGUCGUUGUGACUACAUUGCAAGCACGGCUCUUUAAGGUCCCAAUAGGACUAACAAAUGCCUUUGCGAUGAAUUUUCUGUUGGAGCCGUCAUGUGGCGGGUCCUACUGUUAGCUCUCUGUAUAUUAAUAUCACAUAAGAUCCAAUUUAAUCAGUACUCGGUCAUCAAUC